AUGGAAUAUCACCAAUAUCAACUUAAACACUACAGCAACUGCCUCUCACCUUAUUAUAAAAAGCAAGCUAUUAUGCUGCCGAUGCUGUCACGUUUUGUCUUGCCGAGCAAACGGGUCGCUUUAUCACAUUAUAAGUGUACCUUUAUAAACUCGAGAAGACUAUACUCUCAUACUGAAGAGCAACAGCAGGACCAGACAGUAACUGAGAUUGAAGAAGAUGGGGAGCACGCCAUUACAAGGGGUAAGAAAUUGAAACCUUCAAAGGCGAAAAUAGUGGUCUUGAAUCAUCAAGAAGCUGGACUCUUCAAAAAUAGACAACAACCGCAUUUCCAAUCAAGAACCACUCAAAACCCUUUAUUCAAGGGUAUUUUUGAUCUUGAUGUAGAUUCAGAUAUGACGUUGAAGGAAUUGACUCAGAGACCCAACAAAUCGAAUCUUUUGCAAGAAAUUGAAUCACAGACUAAUAAAUUGUUGGUAUCGAAGAUUAACGUCACAACACCGCAAGUCAUUCAAUCCAUUGACGUGCAACGACCCAUUACGGAAACUAUAUCACAUUAUGAGUAUAUUAAUCUCGUGGAAAAAUUGAAAGGAUCUUACACUUUACCACAAUUAAGAUCUUACACUAAACAGAAUUUCAAUCUUUCUUUACCGCAUGUAACCAAAUCAAAAUUAAUUGAAAGAAUUAUUUUGAAAAUGUGGAAUUGUAAAAUUGUUACAAAUGGUGACGAUGGAUCAUUGCAAUCCAAUUCUAUAGAACAAGUUUCUGCAACAACAAAUACAUCAACGGCUUCGUCAUCGUAUGAGAUUUUGACCAUGGAUUUACAAAAUACUGAAAUUACUCUAUUGUUGUUCACUCAAAGAGGUAAAUUAUUACAAAAUUUGACAAGAAUCAAUGGAUUGACCAUUGCGUUUCCAUUAGAUGAAAAUAAAAUUAUUAUAAAGGCGGCCACCAGAGGGGUAGCAAGAUACGUAGAAGUGUCCAUUAGGAAAAUUUUAUCUAACGUUAUCAACGAAUUUGUAAAUAUUGAUCAUUUAUUACAAGGAAUGAGUUCCACAUUGAAUUUGAAAGAUCUGAUUAAUUUGAUUGAAUCACAUACUGAUACAGUUUUUGAAAAAAUUGAAAAUGAUAAUAACGGUAAUACAAAUAACAAGACAAUCUUUAAGAUUUCCGCAUUUGGUCAAAGAAGAAUUGAAUUGGCCAAAAAACUGUUGAUUUGGGGUACUUAUAACGAUCAUUCCAUGACCAACGAACAGAUAUUAGCAGUACUACCAUCAUCACUCAAUGGAAACACCAAUAACUUGAAAAAAUAUCCUUAUAAUGAUAUUGAUGCAUUUGAUUGGUUACACAAGGACAACGAAUGGACAAGAUUGCAAAUUCCAUUGAAAAAGGGUACCAUGACUACGGUUCCACAAGAACCAUUAACACUUAGUAUUACCAAUAUGGAUUCCAUUUACCAAAUGUUUGCACCACAACAAGAAGAUUCUCAAGAAAAAUCAAUGUAUAGCAUGUCAUUGGGUUAUUCGUUACAAGCUCUAUCAAAUGGGAAAACAAUACAAUAUUUCCAACCAAAAAUCCCACAAUUAGCAUCAAGAUUAUUGAAUUUACCUCUAUAUGAUUCGUCCUUAACUCAAGAUGAAUUAUUUUCGAUCGAUAAACAUGAAUAUUAUGUUCAACUAAAAUUCAUACCAAAUACAUUGGUAUCUGCAUCAUUUGAUUCCAAGAUUACUUAUCCACCAGUGGAACUAUGGUUUGAAUUAGACGAAGAAGGUCAUCCAAUAAUGGAUUCCCUUCGUUGUAUAGCUCAGCUUAAUAAAAAAUCCAUGAUUCUACAAACUCCUACAGCACCAUUUGAUUACGCUAUCAAUAUGGAAUCAUACAUAGAUCUGCUUGAACCUACCGCCACAACUUUGAAAACCUCAUCAUCAUCAUCAUCAUCAUCAUCAUCAUCAUCAUCAUCAUCAUCAUCAUCAUUCCUCACAAGUCAAGAUGGUAUAAACCAAUUCUUGAAGAAUUCAACGUUAAAUUUCCAAACAAAUAACAAGGAUAAGAAAAAUAAACUACUCUUGCCAAAUUCUAUGAAUGUGAACAUUUCAAAGAACCCCACUUCCAAGACACAGAUGGUCAAUUACAAAUACUUAAUUACGCAUCAUCAUAGUGUAUUAAGACUGAAAUAUUUGGAUAAAUAUAUGGUUCAAUUCUCGGACAUUAAUGCUGGUUCAUUAGGUGGGAAGCAUACAAGAAUCGACUUCAUUGGAGGUGAAAAAUUAACUCAAGAGGAACUCAAUACGUUCAUUAACGAUAUCCUUCGUUUUCAUGUAAAUAAUAAUAGUAACAGUGAUAAUAAAUAG